AUGGGCGCGCUGUUUAGCUUUAACGCCACACACGAGGAGGUCCCCGAUGAAGUAAAGGAGAGGGUAGAGCCGAUAGAGUACACACCGGCGCCUGAGAGCGCACGGCCGAAGGACGGCCGUGUUUGUGAGGGGUGCGGUGAACCGUUCUUCUAUUACCUCACGCCCAGCACAAAUUGCAACUGGUGCGGGCGCCAGCUCUGCACGCGGUGCUGCCCGAACCGACACCUCCUGGGCGGAAUGCCAGGCUGCCCCGACUGCACGCGCAAGGCGUUUCUGACAAAGCGAGAGCAACUGCUCGAUGCGCACCUCGCCGUCAUGAAGACAGGUGAGCGACCGGCUGAGGUUGACGUCGCGUAG